AUGUCUAAAUUAUCUGGUCAAUGUAAACAUGAAUUAUGUUUAAAACAAUUUCAUUCUAAACCAAUACGUGUAUAUCAAUGUUCAUCUCAUUGUCAAAAAAUGUUUUGUAUUAAACAUUUAUGUGAACAUGAUCAAUAUAUUGAAGAACAUAUUCGCUAUCGAAAUCAAUUAGAAGAAUUGUUCAAUAAUUAUUCUGUAAUAUUUGAUGAAGAUGAACUUCAAAAACAAAUUCAACAUUUACAAAGAAAACUUGAAAAUUAUCAGCAAUUAAAUGAAUAUACUAAGAAUUUAUUAUCAAUUCAUAGUUCUUCUAGUUCAAUGGAAAAUAAUCAAGAACUUAAGAUAGCUAUUGAAACAGUAACGAAAGCUAUUGAACAAGAAAAUCAAUCGAAAUCAUUUAGUUGUAAGUUAUUUUAUUCAAAAACAAAAAAACAAAAGAAAAAGAAUAACUUUUGUUAGGUGAUAUUAAUUCGAAAAUCGAAUCGGUAAUAAAUUGCGAGGAAGAAAACCAAGCGGUUACCAAUCAUGGUAAAUUAUCAUAAAUGAGAGAAACUCUCGAAAUUAUUCUACUAGUUGUAUUAUUAAAUUUUUUCACUGCUGUAAUUACUAAGAAGAAUCUAAAGAAUGAUUUGUGUUGAGAAUUUUAUUUUCAAGAUCAAAAUAGUUUUUUCAUGACAGUCUCUAAAAAAAUAAAACCUUAGAUUUUUAGUUCCUAGAAUUCUGUGUUGAAUCACUCUACAAAAUGAAUCGUUUUCCAGUUCUCUAAAGCAUUUUUGAGCAACCUUCAUCAACUUUACGGAAAGCUAAAAUCAACAGCGCAGAAUCUAUCGAUAAAAUUUAAUUAAAGAUUCUAUUGGAAAAUUUUACUGUAAUAAUUUUUUUUUUUUUUUUUAUUAUGCAAUAACUGCGAUCCUAGGAUCCUAACAGUACCAAAGAUGAAAAGAGUGAGAAAAAAAAAAGAAAAAAA